AUACACCCCUUAUAAAUAAGAAUUUGUGAAUGCUCAUAUUAAGAUUUGAUCAGUAAAAUGCGGUACACGACUUUGACAAAAUAAUUGCUAUCCCUCAUAAUAAGUUUUGAUCAGUAAAACACGGAGUAAUAUUGUUUUAAUUAAUACACAAAUUCAUUUUUCUUUUUAUUAAUUCUUGGUUAUAGUUUAUAAUACCUUAUGACUCAUUAAAACAAAAAAUCUCUACAUAUUGUUGAUUUCCAUCAAUCCCUGGUCAUCUCAUUAAGGGUAUGUGAUCUAUUGGAGAAAUGAACCCCGUUGAAAGAAAGUGCGUCCUUUCAGUUCCUAAUGAUCUGGUACAGGACAUCCUGUCAAGGCUGGGAGUUAAAGACUUAUUGCGAUUGAGGUGUAUAAAUAAAGAAUGGCGUACAUUCAUCGACGAUACUAACUUCAUCAGGAAGCACUACGAUGCUCAACAUUCCAUUUGCAAAGGCAAAGGCAAUGGCAACAUGCCUCACUUUGUGUAUAAUGGAGGUGAUUCAGAAACAUUUUGCCUUGUUUAUGUACAACAAGGAGAAAUGAUUACUUUGAAUUUGAAUGCUGAUCUAGAGCGUGAUAGUAAAGAUGUGGUUGUGGAUGAUCGAGAUCGAGAUCGAGAUCGAUAUGAUAUUAUCUCAGAUGGUUGUGUGAAUGGCAUUAUUUGCCUUAACUGGAAGCACAGGGACACCGAAUUGAACAAUUUCUUAAGCUUGUGGAAUCCAGCCACUAGAGAAUUUAAAGCUAUUGCGUAUCCAAAUAUGCCACCUCUCAUCCAAAGAAGUCAUUUUGAAGUUUAUGGAUUUGGGUUUGAUCCAUUAUCUAAUGAUUUCAAGAUUCUGGGAUUAUAUAGUAUUACUGAAUUUAGUUGUUACUAUGAAAUGUAUUCGUUACAAAAUAAUUGUUGGAAGAGGCUUAGAGAACCGAAAGCCGAUAUUGGCGGUAUUCCAAUGCCCACAACGGAUGGAUACUUAAAUGGUGUCUAUUAUUGGACUGCAGAAAUAAGUGGAGGACAUUUGGUGAUUGUAUCUCUUAAUUUUAGUACCGAGGUUUUUGAGGUGUCUGAUCCACCACAGGAUGCUGUUUCCCUUCACGCGUCUCAGAUUUAUCCAUCGCAAACAACCAUUACACUGUACAAGGAAUGUCUUGCAUUAGCAAUUAGCCAUACGGUUCAGGAAGAGGCUUUAUUAUAUAGCAUUGAUAUAUGGGUUGUAACUCGAUUUGAUGAUUGUGGAGUCCCAUUGUCAUGGCAACACUUGUUUACUGUCGAACCAGUUCAUGCCAAUUCAGGUCUACAGUUAGCUGCAUCACGAUUAGACGGUCAUCUUCUGAUCAGCUCUCUGUUUCCAAGUGAAGAUUGUGCAAGUGAUCAAGAUAGCGAAUGCUGGCUUUAUAAUCCCUCAACCACCAAGUACACAAAAUUGGAAACAGACUUUUGCACUUGGUUUAGAUAUUUGGAGAGUUUGUUUCCGUUAUCAAAGAGGUUAGACCAGGUCUGAGAGUGCUUUAAUAUUUUCAGUGGUUGCCUGGUUGGUGUUGGUCACCUAGGAACUCUUGUAAGUCGUAACAAAUAAUAACUUUCCUACUUGUAGUAUCACGUACUCGGAUUUUCAAACAACGUACUCUUGCAAUAAAAUAAUAACAUUCCUUG